AUGGAAACACCCGAGAGUUUCUGGAAGCAACUUGUCCGACACGCCGAGACGUAUGGGCUGACGAUGAUCGUCUUUACAGUUGCUAGCAGUCUGUUGAUCGGCUACAUUUCCCAUUAUGUUGUGAAUCUUCGUCCAGAAUAUCAGCGAAAAUUGCUGCUCGAGAAAAAGCGAAAAGAGGAGGAAGACGAGGAGCACCAAGAUGCCACAAACGCCCGACUCAAUUCAAGCGAGCAGAAGCAAGUGGGCAUCGUAAAAGGAAUGAUCAACACUGAUCUUGUAGCCUCAUUACGAAAACCCCUAUGCGACACUGUCAACUACAAAUCUGCAAAUUCUGCACCUGGUUUGUUUAUUCAACGUCUUGAACUUGUAGAGAUUCCUAGACAACCGGUACUGGCAAAGCAGUCAAGCAGCGCAAACGCAAGUGAUGACGAUGAGGACUUGGUGAUCGCACACGAAAGUGGAAAGAAAAGGUCAGCAAGUCUUCAAGAGGUAUGUAGCAAGUUUUCAACUUAA